UCGGAGCGGGCGGCGGCCUGGGCGGGGCCUGCGCGACCGUGGGGACAGCGUUGACGAGCCGGCCCCAGGUGCGGGGGCGUCCCUUGCUCUCCACCUGCGCCACGUCUGCCGGCUUCUCUUGGCAAGUUUGUCGCCCCCCUUUGAGGACAUCCUUUGCCGGUCAGUGGAGUCCCGACCUGUCGUUAAAUAGAAAACUCGAGCUGGAGGAGGAAGAAGAGGAGGGAGCGUGUCGGAACCGGUCCGGGAUGAGAGUCCAUUAAAGCAGUGGUGGCUUCUUGGACACCUUUCUUGGCUCUUUCCCACCCAGGUUUCCACACCUGGAUUGUCAACUAGAGCAAAUUGUCACCAAUGGCAGUUAAACUUGUUUUUUUGGGAUCCAGGUCUUACGGACUAAUUGGCUCUCACUCAGCAGGCACCUAACAGAUAAGUCAUUUGUAUAUCAAGACAAUGCUUGGUUUGAAAACCUCUCUGACAAUAAUUAAAAGCAGUAUCUCAAUGUGACGUUGUUGGGGGGCAACAAGCACCUUCAGAAUUUCCUAUGAAUCAAACAGCAGCUUGAAGGAAACCCCUUUCCCUCAAGUAGGACUGCAUGGCAAGCAGCCCUCACUGAAGGGUGGAAAAUGAGUGUCCCAUUGGCUCCCAAGAAAUCGUGUUACGCUCAGUUGCAGGACAACAGAAAGGGAACAAAAAACAAUAAUGAGAGUCUCCUAAGUCUGGGAGACACAAACGCCAAUCGGAUCAUGGUGGAGGUCAAUCCCCCUCGCGAUGAGUCUGAGCCAUGUGACCUGACGGAUGAAGUUGGCAACGCAAAUGCACGUGAGCCAGGAAACAGUACCCACUUCCAUGAGGAAUUUCACCAACUUCAGAGCGUUGGGAAAGGAUCGCAGGCUGGCCCCACCAGCCUGAGAGAUUUAAAAUUUUCUUCGACGGUUGGAGGGGAACUAAACGAGGAGCACACGACGCAGAGAGGCCCCGCUCUCCUGCAGACCCCGCGGAGUGUCCAGGGGUCAGGCCUGGCCAGUUGGAGGAAUGUUGUGGGUGAAGCCAGUGCAGACGCGUUGACUAAAAGGGGUGCUGAAAUCCCUCGACAUGCUCCCAAGAAUAAAUUGGCAAAGACCCUUGACAACGAGGAGCUGAGAAGGCAUGCUUUGGAAACGGCCGGCGGCUCUGCGGCCGCAGUGCACACGGUCGCGAAGGGGCGUGCGGGGAGCCUGACCAGGCAGCUCCCGCCACCUGCCCCGGGUCGCGUGAUUGGGGGUGGGGCGGGGCUCCAGAAGACUGUGACAGCCCCCUCCCCAGGGACAGCUUUUCCUCCAGCUGACAGGACUUCAGAGGGAAAGAGUGUGCGUCAUCCCGAACCAUCUACCUCAGAAACCGAGGACACCGCCUGCUUAGAGACCCAGAUGGAGGGCGCACAUGUGCGGGAAGUCACCGACGCCAGCACACCGCGUUCUGUCAGUCCGCAGCGUGCUCUGGCUUCAACGGCAGCUUGGAAGGAAGCCCCGAGUGAGCCGGAAGCACAACUAAGUCAGGGAAAGGGAGAGCCCAAGUCAGAGCUGACAUGUGUCCAGCCAAGGGCCGUGCAGGACUUAAUGUCACCCCAGGCUGAGUGUCUGGGGUGUCCCAAGGACGACAGUGUGUUACCCCUCGACACAAAGGGGCCGGGUGGGGAAGCACAGCAAGAAGCCGCCACGCAGGCACUCAGCAGCCCUCCCCGCGGCAACCCCCACCCGUUUGGCGUGGGAAGAGGCGGGAGUGAGCAGGACAAGGGCCCCGUCCACCUCGGCGAGCAGGGUCCUCUUCAGACCACCCCCAAACAGGGCCCUGCUUCCCUGGGAGCUGCUGAUAACCAGGCCCCUGGCAAAAUUUCACCAAGCGCAGCUACAAAACUGGGUGACUCGUCACCCAGCAGCAUGUCACCAGGGGAUGGUCACGUGGCUGUUAUUCCUGACCACCUGCCAGACAGGACGCCCUCAGAUGUUGGUCAGGAGAAAGAGAACAGGGAUCAUGUUACCAUUUUUACUUCAGAUCCUUCUGUAGGAGAGAGCAAAACUCGGGUCCCUGAACCCCUUGACCUUCAAAGCAGCAGCUCAGAAGCAGGGGAAAGCAAAGAGGUCACUACAUCUGCUGCUGAAAAUAGAAACCAUCUAGAGAGUGUGGUUAAGCCUGAAAGUCCUCCAGCAAGAACAGAUUCCUUUCUUGGUGUCCCAGCCCCUCUCCUCCCAGAGAGAACUGUGAGUGCGACCCACCAGCCUGCGCCACCCAGUAUCAGUUUUCAGGACUCCAGUAUGUUGAUUGCGAACGCGGGGUCACCCUCAGCUGCCCCACCUCCCACCGACAGCGUGUGGUUGUUGAACGCGUCCCCGAAAGUGCCUGACAAGAACCCCUGCCCCAGUGGGAUCCCCAAGCCUGUCUCCACACAUUGCGAGGACACCCCUUCCUCACAGGAGGGCCUGGGAAACCACCAGGCUGACAGAACAGAAGAAAGGCCAGAACCCAAGCCCGGCGUUUUGCCCAAGCCCAAGCACGUGAGGCCCAAGAUUAUCACCUACAUCCGGAGGAGUCCCCAGGCCCUCAGCCAGGUGGACACCUCGCUGGUCCCAGUGGGACUUCCGUAUGCCCCACCCGCAUGUGACACGCCUCUUCCCAGAGAGGAGAAGGUGGCAGGCAGUGAUGUGAAGCCGGCUGUCAGCCUGUACGAGAAGUUCAAGCCAGACUUGCAGAAGCCAAGGGUCUUCAGCCCUGGACUGAUGGUGUCUGGGAUCCGGCCCCCAGGCCACCAUUUCAGCCAGAUGAGUGACAAGUUUUUGCAGGAGGUUACAGAACGCCCCGGGAAAGAAGAGUUUUGCUCUCCUCCCUACGCGCACUACGAAGUUCCUCCCACCUUCUACCGAUCGGCCAUGCUCCUUAAGCCCCAGUUGGGACUGGGUGCGAUGUCCCGUUUACCAUCUGCAAAAAGCAGGAUCCUGAUCGCGACUCAGAGGUCUUCAGUGAGCGCCAUCCACCCGCCAGGACCCAUAGCAUCAGCGGCCAGUCUCUACAGUUCCGACCCCGCAGAUUUAAAGAAAGUCUCCAGUUCGAAUGCUGCAAAAUCCAGUCUGCCGAAAUCGGGCCUUCGCCCUCCUGGAUACGCGCGUCUCCCGGCAGCCAAGCUGGCGGCGUUCGGCUUCGUGCGGAGCUCCAGCGUGUCUUCUUCGGUCUCCAGCACCCAGGCCGUGGACAGCGCGCCGCCCGAGGCCAGCCGCCUGGCCCCCCGUUCAGCCUUUGGGAACGAAGACCAGCCAGCUCUGAAGGCAGCUGUGCCCUCCAAAGAUGCACCCAAGGGAGCCAGCCGGGUGGCCCCCCCAGCGCCCUCCAGUGUGACAGUGCCCCGAAGGAGUUUGCUUCCGGCACCAAAAUCCACGUCCACACCUGCUGGAACAAAGAAAGAAGUACAAAAAGAUCAAGAUGCUAACAAGCCUGCUGUUUCGUCUCCUAAGAGAACCGCAGCCUCAACCACCAAGCUUCAUUCACCAGGAUACCCCAAGCAGAGGAGCACAGUUCCCCGAAAUGGGUUUGCCCCCAAGCCGGACCUGCAGGCCCGGGAGGCCGAGCGGCAGUUGGUUCAGAGACUGAAGGACAGGAACGAGCAGCAGGCCAGGCAGCUGGGCCUCGUCCAGGGGGAGCUCAGAAGGGCCAUCUGCGGCUUCCAGGCACUGGCCGUGGCCACUCAGCACUUCUUUAGAAAGAAUGAAAGUGCCCUUGUGAAAGAAAAAGAGCUGUCAAUCGAACUUGCAAACAUCAGGGAUGAAGUUGCCUUUAACACAGCAAGGUGUGAGAAACUACAGAAGGAGAAAGAGGAGCUGGAGAGGCGCUUUGAGGACGAGGUGAGGAAGCUGGGCUGGCAGCAGCAGGCGGAGCUCCAGGACCUGCAGGAGCGGCUGCAGCUGCAGUUCCAGGCGGAGGUGACGCGGCUGCAGGAAGAGCACGGCGCCCAGCUGCUGCGCAUCCGCCAUCAGCACCAGGAGCAGGUAGAGGACAUCACCGCCAGCCAUGAGGCUGCUCUCCUAGAGAUGGAAAAUAACCAUACGGUGGCCAUCGCGAUCCUGCAGGAUGACCACGACCACAAAGUCCAAGAAUUGAUGUCUACCCACGAGCUUGAAAAGAAAGAAUUGGAAGAAAAUUUUGAAAAGCUGCGGCUGUCAUUACAGGACCAGGUGGACAUUCUGACCUUCCAGAGCCAGUCUCUGCGGGACCGAGCGAGACGCUUCGAGGAGGCUUUGAGGAAAAAUACUGAAGAGCAGCUGGAGGUCGCACGGGCUCCCUAUCAGCACUUGGAAGAAGACAUGGAGAGUCUGAAGCAGGUAUUGGAGAUGAAGAAUCAGCAAAUACACCAGCAGGAAAAGAAGAUUCUUGAGCUGGAAAAGCUGGUGGAAAAGAACAUUAUCCUGGAGGAGAAGAUCCAAGUUCUCCAGCAGCGGAACGAAGACCUCAAAGCAAGGAUCGACCAGAACACGGUUGUCACGAGACAGCUGUCGGAGGAAAACGCCAAUCUCCAGGAAUACGUUGAGAAAGAGACCCAGGAGAAGAAGAGGCUGAGCAGGACCAACGAAGAGCUGCUUUGGAAGCUCCAAACUGGGGACCCGACCAGCCCGAUUAAACUCUCCCCCACGUCCCCGGUUUACCGCGGCUCCUCUUCCGGGCCCUCCUCGCCGGCCAAAGUCAGCUCGACGCCCAGAUGACGCCACCACGCCGCCCUCAGAGCUGAGCUCCUGGUCCCCCCGAGGGAGUCCAGCCCCGGGCCGGCCCGUGGGCCCUGCGCGCAUGCUCAGUAGCUGCACAGCGCAUCCUCGCGGAGCCGUCUCCAGACCCCCGUGUGAGACUGUCCCAGUACUGGCACUUAGGAAAGUAUUCACGGUAGUGUCUCAUGUGCAAACGUUUGACCAUAAUUAGAGCCAAAAGAAAGAAACUCCAGUUGUUUUUGAGCAAAGAACUUUCCACUGCAGAAUUUCAGGUUAGGACAAAGAGCUCAGUUUUGAAUUUACACUGAUUAAUCAUUCUGUACUGCACCGACGUGUGUGUAUAUUUAGAUUUACGUAUAUGCACACGGGGCUAUUCCGAAUUGCAUUUUUUAUAACACGAAGUGCUGACAUAUUUUGGUGAAGGUCAGCAGUUUUCUAACUUGUGCCUAAGAAUAAUUGGGAAAUGAAAAUGCAUUUCUAUCUAGCUUCCCAGGAAUAUUUCUACCCAAAAUAGAAAAAGGAAAAAAAAAA